AUGGCUGCCGUUGACACAGUCCUUGCUUCCGCGGAGUCCCGCCGCCGCGGCCGCUUCUCCGAGCUCUUGGCCGUCAAGGCCGACCCAACGGAGUCCACCAGCGAGGGCGAGCGCAGCGAGAGCGACAGCCGCGGCGCCACGACGCCCGAGGUGUGGUUCCUGUCCGAGGGUGGUGAUGGUGUGCAGUCACGGGAUAGCGAUGCGCUGCACAGUUCGUCAAGAUUUUGUGUGGCGCUUCUGUGGCAUCGUCCCUGUGUGCUGCCAUCAAAGGACGAGGGUCCAAGCGCGGAAGAGAAGGAAGCGCUGCGGCUCUACGAAGCCAAGUUCGCGGAGAACCGCGAUGGCAGCUACAAAGCUCUGCCAAGGAAAGCUUUUCCAUGGUUCACACCACAGGCGCGUGGAGAGGCGGCCCCCAAGGAGUUCCUGACCCGGGCCAUGGCCGAGAAGGAGUCCACGAAGCCGCGGCCGAAGAAGGAAUGCGAAGUGGACUCCGAUGGAGAGGAGGUGCAGCUCUGCAGCCAGUGCGGCAUGCCCAUGGGGGAGACAGCCUACCGACCAGAGGAGAAGGGCUACAAGCUGGUGCAUCCCGAGUGCAUGGCGCAGAUCGUGUUGGAGGAUGCCCAGAAGCAGGAUGAGAAGAACACUGAGGAGCAGAGGCAAAAGAAGCUGGACAGCCGACUGGAGUACCAGAUCGGCUGGCGCCCGGAGACCGUGCCCGAGAACGGCCCUGUGGCAGCAAAGCUCGGAUGUUCGCCCACGCCGAAGGGGCUCUGCUGCUUGGUCUACGACGAGGCCUCGCGGAGCGUCCGCAUCGCUUCCACCUUGGAGCCUGCUGCUGCAGUCAACCUCGAGUACCUGAUGCUGGCCCUGAAGGUGCGCCGCACAGCCUGCCGCGAGCCUCUCUUCUCCCUCGAUCCUGUCGACCCACAGAAGCUGGAGACAACCCCCCAGCGCAAGCGCUAUGAGCCGGCUUGGUUGGCUGGUACCAGCGUCGGAGACAUCAUGUUCCAGGCAGACUACUUCCUGAAGGAACUGGCCCUGGGUGAGUACACAAUGCCGAUUGUGGGCAUGAUGAGCGUCUUCGACUGGUCGGAGAUGACCGAUGCCAAUAAGACCUGGGCUGGCCGAGAGUGGUUUGUUGUGAAGAAGGCCGAGAUCCGCUUGGCCGAGGACAAGACCCUGGUCCCUCACGUCAAGAUGGGCGUUGAAGCGCGCGAGCAGGUCGUUACCAGCAAGGGCUUGGAGGACAAGCCGAUCACGAGCAAGCACCACCCGCUCACCAGGUUCGCGGAGGCGUUUACGCGCCACUUCGACCUCAUCGCCGAGCGAAAGAGUGUGAUCUUCCACUUGCGUGAGUUGGCCAAGGCCUCCGUCAUGGCCAAGUUUUUGGUCGAUUCCAAGAUCUCCUUGGAUGCUCGCUGGUUCGAUCUCGCUGAGGAGAUGAUCCAGUCAACCACUCCGGAGGCCUUUUCCGAGAUCCCGCAGCUCUGGAACAUGCGCGGCAACUCGCGGAUCCAGCUCCAGGGUGGGAAGAUCCGGGACAUGCAGACCGGCCUCCAGAGCAACCUGCACGCCAUCUACGGCGGUGUCGAGUUCGGCCUGGACCGCUUCCAGCUGGCACAGCGCACGGCACUCCCGGGCGCUGCGCUGCCCAGCUCCAUGCCCGGCGCGCCGCUGCCGGGAGCAGCCUUGUCCCAGCCUGGCCGAUUCGACAUCACAGGAAUGCAGCUGGGACCUUCGGGUCGCCCGAUGUUCAUGCCGCAACGGUUCCAGCUCACGCAGCGGGACCAGCCGCAAGGUGUGGACCUUGCUCUGGACAAGUUUGACCUCUCCGCCCCGGAGCGCUUCGCCACUUCGUUGCCACCCUGCAGUGCCCAGUUCGACUCCAUGGAGGGCCGCGUCACUCUGGGGAAGGCGUUCUUGAAGAAUCUUCAAGAGGACUCUUAUGAAAACUUGAAGGCGGAGGAUGCCAAGCUGCUCCAGCGCGUCUUCAACCCUGUGAUGGCGGACAGGAUCACGGAGGGGGACUCUUUCAUCCCUCCUGAUCCCAACCUGGACUACGUGCAGAAGCUCCGCCACCUCAUUCAGGAGGAGGAAAGCCUCACCAAGCAGAGGAAGGCUCGCUUCAGCGACAAGAACUUCACAGUUGGCAUGGCCGGCUCCGAGUUUCCUCGGUCCUGGACCUCGCGGUUCCAAAUCCUCCGGGAAGGAGGUAAGGCGCAGGUGGUCGUCAGACCUGGUCUCACUACACUCAAGGUCGACGAGAUUUUCACUCGCACCUUGCUCGAGGACAUCUUGCCCACUGCUGCGCCCGAGUUUGCGCAGACCACCGAGGACGGCAUGAUUUUCCGCAUCUACAAGAUCGGCCGCCUCGAGGUGCGAACCACUCAGGCAGCCCAGGCCAGCAACCAGGAGGUGCUCUCGGUCUUCUCCCUGAGGCCUGCCUGCCUGGAGGGCUCACGAGGUAGGCUGCAAACGGUCUCGCCGAGCGAGAAGUUCGUGAAAGGUCGCCUCUAUGUCGAAGCCAUCGAUGGUGAGCACAAGGAGUGCGCCAAGCAGCUUCACCUCUGCCACUUCUACGUCGUCCUCGAGACGAGUGCGUCCAACGUGAUCGUCACGGAGAAGCUCGCUGACGGAUCCACGACUUGGGUCUUGAACCCCUCGCAGAUUGAGGAUCGCAACUCCCUGGCCAAGCUGAUGAUGGCAGUGGACAUCCGCAUGGAGAAGGCUACGGUUGGGAACCUGCAGGUCACCCAGGAAAGCAACAACAUCAAGAGUGCGGCUGGCGCCACCGCUUCUGAUCGAAAGCGCUACGCAAAAGACCUCUUCGCGCUGGUCUCGCCGAGGAAUUUGAACCUCUCGAGCAGGACAAAGGCCUGGGAUGUUUGGAUCCAGAAGUGUGAGUGUAGCACGGCAGAAGGAAACCUUAUGUCCCUCUUAGCCGGGGUGGCCUUGGCGCUGAGAUCCAUUGACAUGGGCCGCCAAGUGGUUCUUUUGACAGCUGGCUCUGAGGUGCCGCUAUCCCUGCGGCCAUCCCCAACGUUUUCAUCCCUGGGAUUCGAGGACUUGACGCCGCCACAGAUCACCGUGGUCAGCAUGUAUGGCAUCACGGAGAAUGUCAUCCGAGUAACCAUCCGCCUGGACGAGUCGGGCACGACGUACUGCCGUGCAUAUGACAGCGGUGUCUUCACGCCUUUCUCGCAGGGCGGCACCGAUGUCCCGACCCUGACUGACUGCACGGCCUGCACCUACGAGAUCAACACUCUCUCAGGAACCAACUUCGUUGGAAGCUCGGUCUACGACUCUGUGAAGGGCUUCGCGGAACACGAGGUGGACAUCACUGGGCUGCUGGCUAAGACCUUCUACUGGGUCUACUGCUACUCGCACGACGAUGAGAUCCCAACAACCAACGUGGUCACGUCCUCGCAGAUGCUGGGCACGGAGCGGAGUGUUCGCACGCUGGACACGACUCCUCCCAGCUUUGGCACUUUCGCGUGUGCUGAAACCCCGGCUACGGAGGACAGCAUCACCGUGACCCUGAGCAUGAACGAAGCCGGUCGAGCUUACUGCAAGGUUGUGAACAAAGGCUUCGACCCGCCCACGCCCAACGCAGUCAUCGCCGAAGGCUUCUACAUGGACGUGUCCACAACCUCAGCCUUUACCAUCAUCGUGAACCAGAUCACGACGGGACUGGGUGCGACCGGCCUGGAGCCUCUGAACCGGAAGUGGGACUACGACGUCUACUGCUGGGCGCAGGACGCCGAGGGCUACCCCUACUAUGGGCCAAAUGGCAUGGCUGCAGCCGAGGCCUGCCCGAACAACUUUGUCACCACGCUGGACCUCACCCGACCGAACAUGCGCUUCAUCAUGGCCGAGUCCAUCUCCGCCAGCCAGAUCAUCAUCACUCUGCAGGUGGACGAGGGCGCGAUGGUGUGGUGCGCAGCUUGGGCGGCCGAUCCAGGAUUGACGUCGCUGAACUACGACACUCUGAUCAAGAGCCAGCAGAGCAACUGCCACGACAGCAAAGGCCGCCAAUGUGGCACCUUCUGGAUCUACGAUCUGGAUGACCUGGAAGACACUGCAGCCGACGGCGUCUCGACCCAGGCCGAGUACGAGAGCCUGGACAACUGGAAGUUCAACCAGGACUUUGACAUCAUCGUCAGCGGCCUCAAUGAAGAGACAGACUACCCCUACAUCUACUGCUACGCCGAAGACGAUGAGACGGAUGGUGGGAGCAGUGGGCCUGGUAGCAGCCCAAACGUGAUGAGGUGGGACGACCUUGCCAAUACCGGACCCGACAAUGUCCACACCAUCUGGGCGGGCAUCGGAACAGUUCAGACCCUCGAUGAGACGCCCCCUGAGUUCACGCAGCUCUCUAUCAAGGAUCCCACGGACAACAACGACCGCCUCGUGGUCACCUUCUCGCUGAAUGAGGCUGGAACGGCCUACUGCCGCACCACGCGGAGUGACUCUGGGGAGACAGACCUGCAGAUCAACCGCAUCUUGUCUGCCAACUACUACCAGAGUGUGGGCGCUGGCGGCAUCGUGGGAACGAUCACGAUCGACAAGUUGGAGUCUUCGGACACACAGACGCUCUACGAGGCCUCGCAGUACGACGUCUACUGCUGGGCCAUGGACUCGGCAGUGAAUACUCAGGGACUGCCGCGGCCGAACUACAUGACGCAGACCUACGUCAACACGCCGGUGGGCACAACUCUCGCCCACGCGCAAACGUCGCCCAGUGGGGGCAAGACGCAGUACGUCUGGGUGAAGGACUUGACGCCACCGUCCAUGAUCUACGUCUCCUCAGAGGCCUUAUCCGAGGACACCAUCCAGAUCACCCUUCAGCUCAACGAGCCAGGUACGGUGUGGUGCAUGCCCACCUUACCUGUUGUGGAUGCCACAUAUGUGGACACUGCAGACGUUGCCAGCGGAAACUUCAAGGACAAGAUCACGGGGGCGAGCAGCCCUGUGUCAUUUCUCCAGUAUGUGCCCACAGCUUACACCAAUAUCGAUGUGGAGGUGGACAGGGUGGUCAGGGACGAUGCUGCGGGAGCUGCUUAUCUGGCCGCCGAGUCGCCCUACAGCAUCUUCUGCUUCGCCUCGGACGACUGGGAUUUCGAGGCCACGGGCGCGGCGCAGCAGUCCAUCAACUUCCAGGCAGGCAACGUGGGCGCGCCCAACGAGGUGGUCUAUCAGGAUGUCUUGGACUUCUCCUCCGCGGUUGGACAAGUGAUCACCUUGGACCUGACACCGCCGACCAUCCAGAUCAACAGCGUGUCCACCACCGAGACGACGAUCACGGUCAACCUGGAGCUGAGCGAGACAGGGACGGCCUGGUGCCAGGCAGUCCGGCAUGGCUUCAAUGUGCCUACCAUUCUAGAGAUUCUGGACAGCAACUUCACCUCCGAGUAUGUCCACGUCAGCCCCACGACGGUGCCCGUGGAUGUCCAGAUUUUGGGCUACGACCGCCCGAGGAACUGGGAUCCCACCUACAUGACCCCGCUGCAGCUCGGCACUUACUACGACAUCUACUGCUACGCCGAUGACGACCUCUGCAAUGGCUGCAAGGUGACCAACGGCGUGUCCUUCAACUACGUGAGCACAUCGGCCCGAGAGCUGAAGGUGCGAACCCUGGACCUCACGCCUCCGCAGAUGAGGUUCAUCGCCGCGGAGUCCAUUGCACACGACCAGAUCAUCAUCACCCUCCAGGUCGAUGAGGGUGCCAAGGUGUGGUGCGCUGCCUGGGACACCGACCCUGCCCUGGUCUCGACCGGCCAGGAUUACGAGACCAAGAUCAAAGGCAAGGCAGCAGAUUGUACCGACAGCUUCGGCAACCAGUGCGGAACAUUCUGGAUCUACGACAUGGACGACAUUGUUGACGUGAUCAACGCGGCCGACAGUGUCACCACACGUGCUGAGUACGAGGCCACAACAUGGAAAUACAACCGGGAUGUGGACAUCAUCGUCAGCGGCCUCAACGAAGAGACGGACUACCCCUACAUCUACUGCUACGCCGAAGACGACGAGCUGACGCCCAACAAGAUGAUCUUCGACAAUGCCUUGAACGCCGGCCCAAGGAAUGUCUACACCAUGUGGACGGAGAUUGGCACCAUCCAGACCCUGGAUGAGACACCGCCGAGCUUCACAAAGCUGGCCAUCACCGACCCAACAGCCACGAACGACGAGAUCGUGGUCACCUUUGCGCUCAACGAGGCGGGCACGGCCUACUGCCGUGUCACGCUCUCCGAUUCAGGAGAGACGACGCUGCGCAUCAACCAGAUUCUGUCGGCCAACUUUGCAGCUGUUGUCGCAGGCCCCAACAUUGACAACGACAUCACUAUUAACAAGAUCGAGGCGAGCGACACGCAAGGCCUCUACGAAGGCAACCAGUACGACGUGUACUGCUGGGCCAAGGACAGCGCUGUCGACACGUACGGGCAUCCACGCCCGAACUACAUGACGCAGAGCUACGUGGACACCGACGUGGGGGUCAACUACAUGACGGCACCGGCCGGCGGGCGCACGCGCUACGUGUGGCUCAAGGACACAACGCCGCCCACGCUCAUCUACGUCACCUCCGAGGCCAUCACUGACAGCAAGCUGCAGAUCACAUUGCAGCUAGACGAGCCCGGCACUGUGUGGUGCCAACCUGCUCUGCCCACGACGGACGCCAACCUGGACGUUUUGGACGUCGACGUCGGGGUCCCAGCGUUCAUCGGCAUCUUGGGCGAUCAAGCUUACAAGCUAGACCCAGACACACGGACCGGAAUGAGGAAGAAUAGGACGAGGAACAGAGCCUUUCAUAUUCAAACUCCGACAGACGUGCUUGAGGCCGGAAACUACAUCACGAAGAUCAGGGGUGCGCUGGGAACUCAGCUCACCACGUCAGUGGCGGUAGAAGGUGUUUUCCAAGCCGUGUGA